AUGCCCGGUCCGAAGAAGGAUGGUAUAGCCGGUGGAGGCUCUGGGGGCAAACAGAAUGGAAACCGAUCUUCUUUUCGCACCGAUUCGGCCAUCUCCAAAAAUCGAUUCGGAAAUGAACGAGUCCUACAGCCCUGGGUUCCCGAUGCGAAUGACACUUUCAAUGGUGGUCUUGAAAAGUCCGGCGGCAGUGGCACAUGGGACCAGUUCGCCGCGAACGAGCGACUCUUUGGUGUGACUUCGAACUACGACGAUAAUUUUUAUACCACCGCCAUUGACAAGAACCAUCCUGAAUACCGAGAGCGGGUAGCUGCCGCAGAGAGGAAGGCGCGCGAGAUCGAACGCAGCGCACCUACUACUGCUCACGUGGCCGAGGAGCGUAUCAUGGACUAUGUUGGUGGGGAUGAUGGGGGCGAUGAAGAAGACAAAUACAGUGGUGUUCGACGCCAGGAUUUCCCGCCUUUGUCAGCUGGACGGGAGAACAAAUACACCCCACCAGCUAAGCGUGCACCCAUGGCGAAUUCCACUGUCAAGGGAGCCCCUAUCGAUCCCGCCAUCAUUUCCUCUCAGAUUAAAGCGCCACCAAAGAAGCAGAGCACGCCCGCACCUGAAGAAUCAAAACCUCAAGCUUCUGAGGCGAACAAGAAUGGGUCGGCUCCCAAGAUUGACGCCAAAGCUUCGGUGGAAGUUAAAGUCACGGAGGCGCCUACCAACGAUUCUAAGCCUGCCACACAGGCUACCAACGGCAAGGCGGCUGAGACGAAGCCAACCGAUGCAUCCAAAGCUAACGCCGGUUCCUCGAGUCAAGACGCUGCUGCACCCAACGCCACUUCUACCGUUGAACGUGAUGUUCUGAAGGAAUUCAAGACAUUUGCUAACCAACAGCGUCAAAUUACCGAGAAGGCUCGAAGUAAUAAAGCCAAGCAGGACAAGGAAGUGAAACUCACUGAGCUGAAGAAGUUUGCCGACUCGUUCAAGCUUUCAACGCCUGUUCCUACGGAUUUGGUUUCCAUUAUUGCUAAGGACCCUGCAAAGCAACAGGAGAUACAAGCCAAGGCCAUCAAGAAUGCUGAGGAAGUCGCCAAAGCCAAGGCUACUGCUGUUGUAAAAGAAAAGGUAGCGCCAUCCGCGAAGGACUCCCAGGCCAAAACCCCUGGCCAAGGCACGCCUACGACUACCGGCGCAUCUGCCCAUAACGACACGCGAGCUGCCCGUGCUCCGGCUGGCGCUCAACCUGCAACUUCAACUGGAAACCAACCUCGCCAUCCCAAUGCUCGUCAGCAAUACACCCAGCAACCUUACCAUGGACAGCAAUACCGCAACAACCGUGGCGGGCCACACAUGCCUCCCCCACAACAAACUGGUAACCUGGCCUCGCGACUCCGAAAUGUUGAACAACAAAAGUUCUCUCAAUCUCCAGUACCUCACCAGCCUCACGCUCCUGGUCAGGAGAUGCGCGCCCCGCCAACAGGACCAGCCAGCGGCGUCGAAACUGGCUAUAACCGACGCCUCAGCGGCAACCCAGGUCAUAUGGGUGCAAAGUUGAACCCCAACAGUCACGAAUUCAGACCCAGCCCGUUCGCAGUUGCCUUCAACCCCAACAGCCAUACUAGUACAGCCUCAAGUCCUCGAUCCGCAGCAAACCAUGUCGAUGCUACAGCGAACACCAAUGCCUCCGAUGGUCAGCUUAUCCGUCACAAGACCAAGGCCAUUGAUGUUAAGAAGUGUUAUAUCCUGUCUCACAUUGAAACCUUGAAACCUCCUCAGGGUCGAAACUGGGAUGACAACGCUGGCCUACGUCCCUCUUACGACACCCUGCCGACUUGGCGACAGCUUCAAGACAACGAGAAGCCCGAGUCUACAAUGCAUCUGACUUACAAGGAGUACUUUGAGCGUCAGCCGUUCGGUGGACCUGCGUUGGCUACUCCUAACCCGCAGCAUGUUGUUCCUCAGAUCCCUCACCAGCACCAGUUGCCAUUCCAUCUCCAGCAGGGCGCACCUAGGGGAUCGCCUCAUAUGCCUCCCAUGCAGAUGCACACUCCUCAGCACAACCAUGUGCCCCAUGCACCGUAUGCCAAUGACGAUCAUAGAAUGAUGCACUCAAACUCAGCUCAAUCAUUUGCUUCGCCUCGUCUUGGCAACGUGCCUGUGGCAUACAACUCACCUCAGGUUCCAUAUAAUCAAGCUGCUUUCAUGGGACCCGGCACGCCCCAGAUGAACCAAUACCGUAACUUUUCCAAUAACCACCAGUACAUGACCCCUCAGCAGGGCCAAAUGGGCGGUCCUAUGAUGAUGCCCCAGCAGUUCAUGCCUGGGCCUCAAGGCAUGGUUCCUAAUCCGCAGUUGAUGUAUGCUGGCGGUCAUCCUCAAUUCAUGCCUCCGUCCGGACCUCAACCAGUACCUGUUAAUGGAUACCCUAGCCCUGGUCGUCCGGCGGCACCAAUGAUGGCGCAUCAAGGAUCGCAACAAGGACAGCCCAUGUAUGGAAUGAGCCCCAGUGUGCAGUACAACCAGCCGGUCUUUAACCCAGGCCAGCAAGGCGGACCAAUGAGGGGCGGAUAUGGUAGCCCUGGUCCUCAACACUUUGGCACAAGCCCUCAGCAAGGCCACCAAUAUGGGCAGCACAGGAGUGGUAGCCAGCACAGGGGCGGGAACAGUUACAAUCAGGGUUACGCAAAUCAAGGGGCACACCAAACACCUCAGGCAAAUCCUGCAGUGCCUGCCGCGCACCCAGCCCGACCUUCUGAAGCAUCAGAAGAGACCAAAUAG